GAUUCGGUCACAGUUGGAUGCGCUGACAUACAGUGGAGUUGUAUGGCAUCCAUAUGAGGGGCAUCGAGGCAUUCGGCCAUUCUUCGGCAUCUGUAUGUAUUCUGGAUGGAUUCGGAUUGGUGACACCCUUUGGCGUCAUUUGCCUGAGCGUGUGCUGAGGCAAUUUGGGUUUCAGCAAGACAUUCCACGAUCACCGACUACGGUUCCAGAUGCAGAUGUAGUGGCCAUUGAUCAUAUGUGGUUGCACUUCAGAGCUCACGUUGUGAGUAAUGUCAGACAUGCAGCAUCCCCUUCUGACUGUGUUGAUGGGUACAUUCAGUGGUUCAGAAGGGUUUCGCAUCCUUAUAUUAUUGUUACUGCAGAUGACGCGCGACCGGCUCUUGCACCUAGACAACGCCCCGAUGUUCCACGGGAGGCACGACCCCAUCGUAGAUCGUCUCCACCUUCACCAUCUGGCGCCCUGCCUAGAUUUAGGCGAAUGGCGAGAAUGUUACAGUCCUUGAUAUCGUGUCGUCAUGUCACCGAGGGUACUGUUGCACAUCAGGUGUCAGUGGACCUGCUUCAGAUUGCUAAUGAAGGCAUCGACGAAUAUUCCACGCCUAGGAGAGAGCAGAGGCAUGUGCGUGGUAGACGGUCGACGUCUAAUUGAUAGGACUUUAUAUUUCCUUUAUCUGAUUAUGUAUUACAGGACUUUAAAUUAUCUUUGUAUUUGUAAUAGACAUUUAUAAUUUCUUAUA